UCUACUUGGUCAAAAACUCCAGAGGGCAGAUAAUUUUUCUUAAUUGUCUUUGUAUCUAAUGCCUGUAGAAUACUUUGUAUCUUUAGAAACAAGUGUGUAUUGAAUGAACACAAAAAAUUAUCAGAAGACAUUGUCUUCUGUUUCAGGAGGUACAAUUACUAGGUUGAUAUGUGGGCUUUGCAGUAUUUGAAGAUUUUUCUAAACUAAAUUUAGUCUGGUAAUCUUCACAUGAAAGCAGUGUGUUAAAAUUGUUGAGGAACUGCCUAGAAGUUUUGAGAAAAUUAGGUUCCAGUCUUGGCCCUAGUUCCAGUUAGGUCUUGGUUGUCAACAACACAGAAUAGCUUAUUUAAACAGAAAAGGAACUUAUGAAAAGGGCAUUGGGUAGCUCAAAGAAUGGAUGGGAAAGCAGGAAAGAACCAAGGGAGACUUGGCGGCACACUCAGCAAGGGUCAGGCCAAGGAACAGAAGAAGAGAUAGGACACUGCUAUAAGAUCUGCACCACUGCCUCUGCUGACCUAGGACCACAAGCACCACAAGUGAAUUACCAUUAAAUAUCUGCAGAUUCCAGAUCCUAGUGCAAAUCUCUGAACCUACAUGCCACAGAACAGAAGAGGAGAGAAAAAGUCUAGUCCGUUUUAGCUUUUGUAGUGGGGGCUGGGAGAUUCCUUUCCAACCAAGAUUGACACAAUGUUGGACACAUAGGAGGCAAAAAAGAAGAAGAAGAAGAAGAAGAAGAAGAAGAAAAACCCCACGAACAUUCAUUACAGCACUGCUGCUGUUUGUCCCUGGCUGAAAGGUUUUACAGAUCCAUAAGUAGAACUUUUUGGAGCUCUGCUUGCAAACUCAAUGGCGUCCUCUACUACUGUGCCUCAAGGAUUUCACUAUGAAACAAAAUAUGUUGUUCUCAGCUACUUGGGACUCCUCUCUCAGGAGAAGCUACAAGAUCAACAUCUUUCCUCACCUCAAGCUUCACAAUCUCUGGAUCAAGAAGUUUUAUUAAAAAUUAAAACUGAAGUUGAAGAAGAGCUAGAAUCCCUGGACAAGGAAAUUUCUGAAGCCUUUACCAGCACAGGCUUUGACCGUCAUACUUCUCCCGUGUUCAGCCCUGCUAACCCAGAAAGCUCGGUGGAAGACUGCUUGGCUCAUCUUGGAGAAAAAGUAUCACAGGAACUGAAAGAGCCUCUACAAAAGGCAUUGCAAAUGCUCCUCAGCCAACUUUUAAAAAAAAAUCUCUACAGGCCAGUGACAUAUCAGGCAUACCGGGAAUGUACACUGGAGACCACAGUUCAUGCCAGCGGCUGGAAUAAGAUUUUGGUGCCUCUGAUUUUGCUACAACAAAUGCUUUUGGAGUUGACAAGACGUGGUCAGGAGCCUUUGAGUGCAUUGCUGCAGUUUGGUGUGACGUACCUGGAGGACUAUGCUGCAGAGUACAUCAUUCAACAAGGUGGCUGGGGCACUGUCUUUAACCUUGAAUCAGAGGAGGAGGAAUACCCUGGAAUCGUUGCAGAAGAUAGCAAUGACAUUUAUAUCCUGCCCAGUGACAACUCUGGACAAGUCAGUCCUCCAGAGUCUCCUACAGUGACCACUUCCUGGCAGUCAGAGAGCUUACCUGUUUCUCUCUCAGCCAGUCAGAGUUGGCACACAGAAAGCCUACCAGUGUCCCUAGGUCCUGAGUCCUGGCAGCAGAUUGCAAUGGAUCCCGAAGAAGUCAAAAGCUUAGAUAGUAACGGGGCUGGAGAGAAGAGCGAGAACAACUCUUCCAAUUCUGACAUUGUGCAUGUGGAGAAAGAAGAAAUACCUGAAGGUGUGGAAGAGGCUGCUGGGGCGUCUGCAGUCUUGCCAACCGAGGAGCUCCCGGAGGCGUUCCCCGAAGCACCCGCUCCCCUGCUUCCACAGAUCACUGCCACCUCCUUGCUUGAGAUGAGGGAACCCGACACAGAAGCGAUUGCAGUUGAGAAAGUCAGCCCUGCUACAUCGUUGUUCGUGGAACUUGAUGAAGAAGAGAGCUUGAUGAAGACAAAAGCAGCAGCAGCUGAAUCUGUUGAACUAGAAGAGGAAGCGAUCCCUGCACUGGAACCCACAGAAACAUUGCUGAGUGAAAAGGAGAUGCACGUAAGGAGAGAGAGUCUUCGAGAAGGGCCCUCCCCUGCUGGAGAAGAGAAGGCCUUCCCCCUGUGUGAGGGCAAGUCUAUACUGCUGUUUGGAGGGGCUGCCGCCGUUGCCAUCCUGGCAUUGGCAGUUGGGGUGGCACUGGCUCUGAGAAAGAAAUAGCAGAUCUCUCAGAAGAGAAAGAAGACAAAAAAGAUGUAAGGUCUUAGCUGCACUGACUGAAUUUGAACCGCCAACAGCUGAUUGGACAUUUGUGGAACACUCUGGUAUAACGGGACUUCUGCUCAACAAGGCAUAAAUCGAUCCACACAGUAGGGCUUGAGGUAGAGGGCGUUCCCGUUUGUCUGACUGUUCAGUUCCAAGGGCCGUGGCUCAUGCUCAAUUCAGAAUCUCUUGAGUAAAGUACUCCCUCUAGAACAGGGCUUCUCAACCUUGGCAUCAGUGACAUCAUGAUUAAUCCUGUGUUGUAGGGGGCCGCCCUGUGCACUGUAGGAUGUUUAGCAACAUCCCUGGCCUCUACCCACUAAAUACCACUAACACCCUUCCCCCAGUUGUGACAACCAAAAAUGUCUCCCGACAUCGCCAAAUGUCCCCUGGGGGCCAAAUUGUUUCCCUUGAGAGCCACACCUGUAGUGGGAGAGGGUUAAUUUAGGAGAAUCUGGGAUAGAAAUUCUCAGGCAACAGGGCUUAGCUGUGGGCUCCUCAGCUACUGAUUCAUUCCUGCCCUUGGAAUUCCAUCUUUCCUGACGAACAUGCUGUGUUUUGCAGCCAUUCCUUUGUGGCUCUUCUUUUCUUCCCCACCUUCCUAGUCCUGUAGCGUGAGGGUGCUCUCCCCUUAUGUCUCUGCUGCCUCUCAGGUACUGCAUUGCUCCUCUUCAUCCCCAGGUCCUUUGUAAGAUCCCACAGGAGAGCGCUUGCUCAUGCCCACUAAUUCCCUGAUGCUCCCUACACCUUGUAAAGAUGUUAUCUUUAGUAAUCUUUAAAAAAAUAAAUAUAACAGAGACCUAGGGUUUCCUUCCUGCAAAUGCAAGGGCAGGUAACUGACUAGAUUUGUCUCAUUCAGAAGCAGAAGAAUGACUUAGAUGGCCCCUCAAGGUCUUUUCUGGCCCUUUUGUAUAUGGCCACCCUCCGGAGCUUAUGGUUACUUGUUGGCAGCAUCUCUGUUGCUAGAUGGUCACUGUCUAGAGCCUGGACUAGUGUGUUUUCUUAUCUGGCCUCAGUCAUCUUACUGGUCAACCAGCUUCUCUGUGGUCUCUUGCCACAUGAUAAGGAUGUUCAUACUUGGGCUUACAGACCAGUUGAAUCGUAACUUAUUAAAUACAGAAGGUCUCCUACAUACCAUUGAAAUAAAAAGUAGUAAAAGAGAAGCUUGACUUUCUUGAGGCUGCCCUCGAGAUUUUAGUUUGGCUUUCAGAGUUUAAGAAUAAGACUUCUUCCCUGAACUCUUUACAGUCCAAAUGCCAGAGUGGUAGACCAAAAUGAUUCUAAUCAGUGUGUGCUAGUUGAGAAUCAGCAUAAUUUUCCUUCAUCUGGCUGAUCCCAUCCCUAAAGUGGGGGGGGUGGGACCAUGUCUUUUCAUGCCUGAGGAUCAUCACAGUGUCACUAUGCAGGACACACAUGCUUGAUACAGGUCAUCUCAGAUUUAUCUUAGUAAAUGUAACGAAUUACUUUUUAGAUCCUGAAAUUUAUAAUAAAAUUACUUUACUAUCCUGAUCACCAAAACUUGAUUUUUAAAUGUGCUUUCUUUUUUAAAUUUAUUUUUUAAAAUUCAAUUUUCUCCCUAAAGCAAUACUAUUUAAAAGCUGGUUGAGGAAAGGUCUGAAGUGUGUUUGUCUGUCUUUCAGCCUCAUCAUGCAGUGUAUCUUUAUGUUCUGAGUUGUAGCGUCUUAGGGAGUGCUAUUUUUAAGGGUUUUGGUGCACCUUGAUUACUGUAUCUGGAGGGGAGGUGGGGCAAUGGAAUUGAUGCAGUAAAGGUUGUUUUCACUCCUUGGACUCUGACAGUUGGCUCUGACAUCGGGUCACUCUGUAUUCUAGUUGCUACUCUUGUGUUUGCGUAGGAUAAGAGCACACUGGCAAGUUAUCUUGAUUUUUCCCGCUCUUUAUUAUAAAUAAAAUAUUUUCCUUCCAGUGUUGAGACUUUUAAACUCUGGAGCCUCAAACUCAUUAGCUGAACACAUUUAAGCUCUCAUAGAAAUUGGGUUUACUUCUGAGCUACUACAAGAGAUCUGUGGCUUAGGAUAUCUGGGUCUGUGUUCUCCACUAAAGGAAAGACUAAGACCUGUGAUAGGAUGCUGCUACGUGCUGGUUUAUUCUCCCGUCUGUUGAACAUUAACCCAAAGUUACCUUAUUUCACCUUGCUGGUUAAUGGCUAAUACUCUUUUGCAUUGGCUUUCUUUAGAUUGAAUCAUUGGUAGUUUCUGAGUAAUAGGAUGUGUCAGUGUGCCUGUUGCUUCUUCACUUCCUUAUCCUCUGCUUCUGGCACUUGAGGGGAAAUACCCUAAUGAGAACUGCUUCUUACAGCAGUUCCUGUUUUUUGCUUAUAAAAAAAAAUAUUUCUCAAUCUCCCACCUCCCCCCUUUCUGGUGGGGCUGGUAGUAGGAGGCCAUUUCUUCUCCCCCACGCCUCCCCAACUUACAUUACAUCCAAAUCUAAGGUAAAAGGCAGACUCAGGAUAAAUCCCACUUGCUCAUGGAACUCAAAUGUGUAAUUAAGAAGAUCACCAUUUAUCAUUCCUCAUUCUUUAUUGAGGGAAAGUUUGUUAGUAGUCUCUAGACGUCUUCUUAUUUGCUUUAUUGAAUAUAAUGAUUCCUGAAAACUUGGCAAAAAAAAAAAAAACAACCAUUGACGGUUCCUUGAGAAAAAUAUCAGAAUUAAAGAAUGCCACUUUAUCCUCUUUGUAUUAAAAUGAUAAUUCUGAGCCCAUAGAAAUCAGUAUCUAUAGUGUGCCUUACAGGGACUCCUGUAUCAUCAUUGCCCUCUAGAAAACUUUCUAGAAAAUGUAAAACAAUUGUUGACUAUCUGGUUCACACAUUCUCCACACAAGGGCAUCCUUGAUACCUCCUCUUGCCUGUGUUUCUGUACCAUCUCUUACAUCAGACUACAGCUACUUAGCUGGGUCUGUCCUAGGGGAAUAAACAGUGAGCCCAGGAAUGUGGUUUUUUGAAGUACAACUACCAUUAAUGUUCCCCAGCCUUCAUGCUAAUUCUAAUAAUACAAAAGUAAUGCCUGCUCUUUGCCUUUUUCUCUAAAAGGCAUGCCACGGACAAAUGUCAUACCCACAGAAUUUUAAAAUUAUUUUAAGAGAUGUCUUAUGGAAAUAAAAGGUAUUAUAGGUAAGAAAUUGAGGUGGUGAUCAUAUUUCAUAGAGGGCCUGUAGACUAGUUGAUUACUUUGUAGAAACAGUUUCUGGCCUCUGAACCAAUUUCCUCACAAGUCCCCUUGUCUGCAGUUUCGUUGUCUGCGGUUCAGUUACCCGCAGUCAGCCGUGGCCCAGACAUAGAUGAUCCUCUCUCGUGCAUCCUUAGGUCAGUGGUCGCCUAAUGGUACAUCACAGUGCCUGCAUCGCUCACCUCACUCCACCUCAUCGGGUAGGCAUUUUGUCAUCUCAUGUCAUCACGAGCGUAUUAGUACAGUAAGAUAUUCUGAGAGGAAGACCACAUUCACAGAAAUCAUUACAGUAUAUUAUCUCCUAUGAUGUCUCCUAUGCCUAAUUUAUAAACUAAAGUUUACCAUAGAUACGUAUGUGUGGGGAAAAAACAUACCUAGGGCUCAGUAUUCUCCACGGUUUAAGGCAUCCACCAGGGAGAUGAGAGGGCACUACUGUAUCUCAUUUAAAGCCUCAGCAACACUGUGCCAGAAAAAUGUGGCUUCUCUGGAGGAUCUGCCAUUAGUGAUGACUUCCCAUUACAGUAUCCACCACUGAGGAGGUUCAACUGUGAGAUGGUUCCAGUUUAGGGUGCUUAUUUUCCUGUUAUAGAGUAUCGUUUUCCUUAAAAAGUGUGGAUCAUUAUAAUUUUAACAAACAAUAGUUGAACAUUUAAAAUUUGCCAGGAAUUGUUCUUGUGUGCCUCACAAGGUGGUACCUUAUUCCACCUUCACAGUUGCAAUGGAUAGUCAGUCUCAUCCCCAGCUUACACCAUGAUGAGACCUAAUCAGAGUUUAAUGACUUUUCUAAAGUCUUCUAGCAUGGGAGAGGCAAAGGCGAUAGUGUAAAUUUUUCUGACUCCAAGUCUAGUGCUUUUUUCAGUUUUUACCACAUUUAAUACCCUGCCAAGCAGGAUCAGUAGGCUCUCUACAAAUGAUUGUGCCAAGGGCAGGCAAGCACGCCAGACUGUGCCGUGGAAGAAAGGGAAUUUUUUUUUUCUUGAUUUGUACAACGGUUCCAUCUAAAUAUUGAGCAUGUUCUACAGAAACAGAAGUGAAGAUUAUGUCCAGGGUUAUCCUCAACUUGUAACAGAUGAUUUUCCCUUAAAUAGUGAAUGCGGUGCCUUGUGGCUGAAGAAUGAGCAGUUAUUGUUGGUAUCGGUCUUUCACUAGCUUUUUUAGUGUCAGAUAAGUACUCCUGCUUGUCAACAAGAGUAAGGCCAUUUAACACAGGAAUCGUCACCAAAUGACUUGAAGACAGCAUCUUGACACUUUCUCUUCCCUAUUCCCUAUUUUCCUUUCCCCCUGCCUAUGCCUGUGGAUUGUGAAGUGGGAUGAAAUGGAGUGCAGUGGGGGAUACCUCCCCACUUGAGAGGCAUUACUUGGCCUCUCGACAUUUGAGAGGUCACGGACUCAAAAGCUGGCAAGGCACAGCUACAGACACAUCUUGCUGGGAAGCUGACACUAGGUGACUUCCCAGUGAAGCACCGUCUGCUGUAUUCCACAGUACACUUGGGACCUUGGCUAUAGGAUACCCAUUUCUUAAAAUUUAGUCACUAUUUCUUAGUUACCUCAUAUAUAGAACUCCAUAGUGUGGAAAUGGUCAUGAAGCUAAAAUACUAAGAUAUCCUGGUCUUCCCUUUAUUUACCUAAGACUAUUUUAGCCUCUACAUGGCUUACCAUGUUCCUGUGAAUUUAAACCAUCAGGGCCCUCCCGAUGUUUAUGUUUACACUGCAAUAGCUCUAGCCAGGCAGCUGCUUCUCAGUAAGCUCAGGUUGGAGAUGUUCUCAGGGAUAUUUGCAAGGCCUUGAAAUAAGUUAAAAAGUAGCAGCCGGCUUAGGGUGUACCUUGCCCCCUUUUCAACCUUCUAAGAGAAAAUUUUAUAGUGAUAUUACUCAGUGUUUUUUGCACCCGCCAGAAGAAAUUGGUUAAUGAGUGUAUUCUUAUGAACAAAAGUUUUGACAUUUUACUACUGUUUGUUCCAGGAAUAAAAGGAAGUUGAAAUACAGUCUUCCCUGUUACAGAGUCUGGAAUCACUUGGUUCCUGAUUUUUAGCAAGACAAUCGUAUUACAUAGGUUGGUCCCUGGCCAGCACCAAAGGAAAAGAUAGAAUUCGUGUAUUUUUCCUGCUAUCUUAGCUUUCAUUUCUCUUUUCCUUCACAUCAAAAGUGCCUCUUUCUACCUCAUUCCUGGACUGAGUUCAAUUUAUUAUUGGUUCUAAUGCUCUCAUCUCCUCAAAAUUACUGGAAUUAAAUGGUAAUUUUGGUAAUCAACAUAAGCACUUCACUUAAGUGCAUGUAUUUAAUUUGUAGGAAUUUCCAUUAGCUCUCCUCUAACAACUCUGAUUUGCUCACCUUAUUUGUGGGUUGUUCUGGCUCCUCCUUUCCCCUCCCAUUAUCUGCCUUCUGGCCAAUGUACUCAUCAGGAGAAAGGAACAAAAUUCAAAUCUAUGAAUUGUGCUUUCUAUUAGAAGCAGUGUGUUGGGGAGAAUACACUGGAGGUUGAAAUAAAAUGAGAUCUGAAGAUAA